AGGAGCAGAAUAAGGGAGUGGUGACCGUGGUAACAGUGAAGGAGUUACAGUGCUGAGAUGCUGGGAAAAGUCUUCCUCUUCAUUCUGUUCCAAAUCCUGGCAUCCUCUUCAUCGUCGUCUGAGGAGGACGAGGACAGCAGCGAGAGUGGCAAUGCUGAGGAGCACCACCGAAGCUCCUCUCAUGGACACUGGAAUUAUCUUGAUCAGUCCACGUGGUCUUCGGCUUUCCAGCACUGCGGCGGCCAUUCCCAGUCUCCCAUAAAUAUUGGCACCAGAGAGGCCAUCUUUCACCCAAAGUUACCUGCCAUAAAGCUGGAAGGUUAUGACCUGACAGACGAAGAGUCCCUGAAGCUGGUGAACAAUGGACACACACUGCAACUGAGCCUGCCCGACACCAUGCGCAUCGUCAGCGGUUUCGACGACACGUUCCUCGCUGCUCAGCUGCACUUCCACUGGGGGACCAAGGAGGACCCGGGGUCGGAGCACACCAUAGAUAACGUGCAUUUCCCAGCGGAGAUACACGUGGUUCACUACAACUCUAAAUACCACAAUAUCUCAGAAGCAGCUAGCAAGGUGGACGGUUUGGCAGUUUUGGGGGCCUUUAUUGGGAUCGGUCUGCACGAAAAUGAAAACUAUGAGAACAUCUUGUCUUCUCUCAUGGAUGUCAGCAGGGAAGAGUCUGAUACGGAGAUUCCUGGAUUUAAUGUCCGGAAUCUAUUACCAAACAGGUUGGAUCGAUUCUACAGAUACAAUGGAUCUCUUACCACUCCUCCUUGUUACCAGACUGUGAACUGGACUAUUUUCAAUGAUACUGUCACAGUGUCUCGACGGCAGUUGGCCGCCCUUGAAGACACGCUGAAAGCAGGACAGAAUGAGCACCUUACCAAAAACUUCAGAGCCCCCCAACUGCUGUAUAACAGACAGGUGUUUUCAUCAUUCAGAGCAGAACCCAGCUCAACAGGUCCUGAGAUCCCCUUCUAUCCUGACAGUAAUGGUCCAUCAAAGGGAGGCAGAUCCAUGAAUGAGCCAGUCCAUGCUACAGUAACACUUUCCCGAGGAGACAUUCUGGCAAUUGUGUUUGGUGCUCUCUUCAUGGUUACCCUGCUGUCGUUCAUGAUAUAUGCAUGUCAACAACGGAGGAAAAGCUUGAGGCUCAGGAAAGACGCAAGACAGAAUGUAGUUUAUAAGCCAGCAACCAAAGAAGAAGUAUAGCAGACCGAUAAACUUUCUCAUGUAUAAAUGUCCUAAUCACACCCUUGUACAAAAUGUC